AUGCUCCAAAAUCGUUUGUAUCGUCGGCAUGGUGCUGGCAACGUUGCGAUUUUCACCGGCGGCUUUCAUUCGGACGACCACGAGUCGGACAAGGACAUUCACCAAGAGCAAUCUUUCAACAAACAUUUUUUGCGAGAACUAUGGGACGAAGUGAUUGAGUUUAGUACGCUCGGUCCGGGGGAGCGUAAAUUGCUGAAACAACGCAGAAUCCAAAAUGCAUCAAAACGGGAAGGCGGCAGCAACAUCGAUGACAAGUUCAGCUUAAGGUCUUUCCAAGCAGCAAAAGAAAGGGAUUGCAAAAUGAACAGCGAGGACGUCAACAUGGACUUGAACGGGAUUUUGGCAAAAGAAGUAACGGGUUUGACAACAGGGAUGGAGCCUGUACAAGAUGUGGACGGCUACGCUCUAUGUGAUUUACUUGUGGCCCGAUGGGGGGCUCCGUUGGACGUUGACUUUGUACGACAAAACAAUGCUGUCUAUUGUUCCGUCAUGCCCGUCUCGUUUGGCUCGCGCAAAUGCCGACACAUCAACAAACUUGACUACCUUAUGCACCUGCAAGGGAUUGUUGAAGUCUUACGCGCGUACAGAAAUUUGGAUCCGUUCAUAAUGUUUUUGUUGACGACAAAUAAGAAACCCAAAGCUGGGACCGAUGCAGUGCUGUUUCGGCUACAGCUAUCUGAUGAGCAGAGAAACCAUAUUCUAUCUUCAUAA